GUGACCUUCCUAACCAAUAAAAUAUUAAGGGAGGAGUCCACUUCAAUCAGUUUAGCACAAUGAAAGAUCGCCGAUUCUGUCGCUGCAGAUGAUCUCCAGACUCAGUUUGCAUCAUGCUGUUAUAGUGCCUGGAAUCGGGAGCUGUGUAUUUUUGCUUCUUCUGCAUUUUCUAUCGGUUAACAAAUAUUAGCGGGUGGUCCUUGUGCACCCAUCAUAAUGCAUCUGAUGCCUGUUUGUUCCGUUAGUGGUGGAGACAUAUUUGAUUGUAUACAGAGGGGAAAUAUUGAACAGUGUAUACACUUCGUCCAAAAUGAUCGAUCUGUUAUGAAACAUAAAGGCUGGGGUGGCUUCACCCCGCUCCACUAUGCUGCCCUUCAUGGAAACCGAGCCCUGGUAGACUUCUUCCUCAGCAAUGGGGGAGAUCCUAACCUCACAUGUGAUGCAGGUCAGACAGCCUUUCAUUUCUCCUGCAGGCAAGGGAACAUCUACAUUAUCCAUAAGAUGAUGCAGUAUGGAGCUGAUUUACGCAUUGUGGACUUGCAGGGAAAAACAUCCCUGCAUCAUGCAGUUACUGGAGGAAACAUUGUUGCAGUGCACUAUUUGUGGGAAACGGGAAUGUUCAGGUUCUCAGACACAGACACAUAUCAGGUGACACCCCUUCACCUGGCUGCAUCCACAGGCAACAUAGAGAUGGUUCGAUAUUUGCUGAGAGAUCAGAGGUGUGCUGUUGAGGCAGUUGACCAGCAGGGGGCGACUGCACUUCACGUUGCAGCAGAAAGGGGUGGAGUUGAGGUGUGCUGGACAUUGCUGCAGAGGACAGGGUGUGGGAUGCUCCAUCAGAAAAACUACAGUGGCCUUACUCCACUGGAUCUCAGCAAACAGGGGAAAACAUUCAGACAUCAGCAACUCACCAAACUACUGAGUCGGUACAUUAACGAGCCAGUAAACCACAAACCCACAGAGUCUCAUGUAUUAUAUUACUGGACGCUGUUUUUUCCAUCUCUGAGUGGAGCUGCCAUCCUCCUGACAGCAGCCAUGUUGGGUGGCUACGGGGGGCUGGCCUGUGCUUUGCUAUUCCCCUGGCUGGCAAGAAGCAUUUUUACACAAUACCACCGCAUGACCACAUACCAAAGAUUACCCAAUCCAGUCUACUUGGGAACUCUCAUUGCUGGUUUGUUUCAUUCCCUACUCUGCUUCUAUGGAAAAAUUAUGCCCAGUGUGUGGCCAUCUGGUGCUUUGGCCCAGGUGUCCUUGGUCCAUUUUUCCAUGCUCCUAGCUCUCUUCUGUAAGGUUCUGACUCGGGACCCCGGGGCACUGGACAGGGCAGAUGCAGAUCCUCGCUUCUCCUGUAUCACUGACCUGGUGGAGAAUAACCAGAGUCCUCACAGGUUCUGCCCGUACUGUGAGCUUUUUCAGCCUGACAACACAAAACACUGCAGGCUGUGCGAGGUGUGCAUUAAAGACUAUGACCAUCACUGCCUUUUCCUCAACCGCUGCAUCGGCCGGGGAAACCAUCGCCUCUUCCUCCUCUUCAUCCUCUCCAUGGCGACGGCUCACCUUCUUUUUGUUGCCAUGGCAAUAAGUUACUUAUACAGUAAGAUGGCGUCAGGCAGUCACAGUUUGUCAUCAUGGCUCACUCUGUUUGGAGAGGAGUUCUGGGUUUUGGUCAUGAUGGUAAUGAAUGCGCUCACGCUCCUUUGGGAGGUGUGGCUCCUCACUGAGCAGUUUGAUGCUAUUGCCACGGGAACGACCACCUACUUCAGACAGUGUGAUAGCUCAGUGCGACAGAGGUCACUAGGGCAGCGUUGUGUUGUGGUGCUGUCGUUUCUGCUGGACGGGAGGAAAUGGGUGGGCAGCAGACAAACCAGAGAGGACAAACCUGCCAUAGAUAUUUAAGACAAUUUUGUGAUUGUGUGUUGUUUUUAUUUAACAACUCUCUAAUGCCAUUGAUAUUCUGUACUUCGAUGUAAUAAAUUAUUAUAUCUUUAUAUUAUAUUUUGUUAUAGAGUUAGAUUUCAAGGAAAAAAAACAGAAGAUUUGUGUACAAAGUUCCUAGCAGGAUAACUGCUACUAAAGCUUUUAAAUUCCUCAUUUACAGCUGUUUUUAUAGUCGAUGUGAAAAGAUUUUAAUGUCACAGUCGCUGCUUUAAAAGGAAACCCCUGUCAAUACAUUGUCAUGUUGUGAAGCCUUUAGAAGAUCAAAGUACAAGAUACUGAGAAUGGUUACUAGCAGGUGGAGUAAAUGUUUUUCUUCCCUAACUUAAUGACAUUAUCUUACCAACCUGUUCCAAAUCAUUUAUGCCAUUAUGCUUCCUCUGCUCACACUAAUGGGACAUGCUCUUUUCAUGCCUUCAAUUACAGACACUCAUUUCCUUCGUGUCCCACAGGACCCAAACUCUGGAUUAUAGAUGAUGUUCUCCACACGCCCUCAGAGGCUGGUGUGUCUGGACUGUGUGAGCGGCCCCGUUGUGGCAUAUAAUUUAGUGUCUACUCUACCAUCUGUUGAUCACACGUAGGACUCUUAAACAGUGUUUUUACUCCUCUGUGCUAUUUUAUUUGCCUGGUUGUAACAUAUUGGUAUUCUAAUGGUUAAUGUGUUUUUUUCUUAAUCUGUAAUCACUUAUUUUUGGUUGUUUUCUUUCUGAAAUGAUGCCCCAUUUGUGCUAUGAAGUAUUUGUAUGUUGUAGAAAGAAGUAUUGGUCAUUUCUGAAAUGUUGAUAAGAAUGAAUAAUAAUAGUUCCCAUUCAAGACCUUUUCAGACUCAAAGCUUGUGACCCUCUCAUUUACAUAGUCGAGUCCUAAACAGCCAAAGCCUUGGUUGCAGCUCUGCUCUGACUAAAAAUUAAUGUACAGUCAAGACAUCCAAAGGAGAAGCUCUACUUUACCCAGAAGUCAGCAGUUUUCACUUCUCCAUCAAGACGGCCUAUUUCCUGAAUGAUAGGCAGACUGCAGAUUUAACUCAAGAGAAGAGCAGGAGAGAAUCACACAGCUGUGUUUUGUUUGUUUGAAAAGCGGUACUUGUGAUCGGAGCUGCUUCUUGUGGCAAUGUGAUGCUCUCUUUAGGUGUGCACAGUCUGAUUCCAGGCUGAGAACUGACUGGUCAGCUAUUCUGAGAUGACACGGCAAGUAAUACUUGCAUGACUGUCUGUACUUCCUUCGUUCUCAGCGUCUGUCCACAUCAGCAUUCUUCAGUGAUUUGUCAUUUGCGUUAAUAGUGCACCUCUCUCGGUGAAUAUGGUCAUUUGAUUUGUUUCUCGGACAGAGAUUUCACUCAUCAUUGUUUCAUGCCCUGAAUGCGCUUGUGUUUGUUUGGCAUUGCUCCAGAAAUGGUCCCAGUGGAGAAGGAUAUGUUGUUCAGGCACUCUCAGCAUCAUGAAGCCAUCCAGGACUUCUCAGAUCUAUAACAAACCAAAUAAACCAGCAGCACGAUCCAAGAGCAUGGUGCUUGGAGAGUUGUCUCGGCUCUCCAGGCCCUGCUCACCCCUGGAGCAGGAGAAAGCCCUGAAGGCAGGAUGGCUGAAAAGGCAGCGCAGUAUCAUGAAAAACUGGCAGCUACGGUGGUUCGUCCUGAGGACUGAAGCUCUGUAUUUCUACAAGGACCAAGAUGAGAGCAAGGCACAGGGUUGCAUUCCUCUUCAGGGUUGCCAUGUCAAUGAGGUACCUGCCAAUCAGGAUGAGCCCGGGCGCCACCUUUUUGAAAUUGUUCCAGGAGGGACUGGAGAAAGGGAUCGAAGCGGCGUAAGCCAUGAAUCAUUCCUACUGAUGGCCAACUCACUCAGUGACAUGGAGGAAUGGGUCAGAGCCAUACGAAGAGCUAUAUGGGCUCCACUGGGAGGAGGUGUGUUCGGACAGCACCUGGAGGAGACUAUGUCAUAUGAGGCCCAGUCUGGCUCUCGGCGAACAGUGCCAGUCCUGGUGGAACAAUGUGCCUGCUUCAUACGGGAGCAUGGCCUCAAAGAGGAGGGUCUUUUCAGAGCCCCUGGGCAAACUAAUAGUGUUCGAGAGCUGCAGGAUGCCUUCGACCGUGGCGAGAAGCCAGCAUUUGACAGUUCCACUGAUGUCCACACAGUGGCGUCACUACUGAAGUUGUACAUUCGGGAGCUACCAGAGCCUAUAAUACCAUUCUCAAAAUACACACAGUUUCUCUCUUGUGCUCAACUUCUCACCAAGGAUAAAGAUCUGGCCAUAACUGAACUAAUUAAACAGGUGAAAUCCCUUCCUCAGGUCAACUAUAACCUCCUCAAAUACAUCUGCAGGUUUCUUGAUGAGGUACAGUCACAUUCAAAUGACAAUAAGAUGAGUGUUCAGAACCUAGCAACUGUGUUUGGACCCAACAUCCUUCGGCCUAGAGUGGAGGAUCCUGUCACAAUGAUGGAAGGAAGUUCCCAGGUCCAGCAUCUCAUGACUGUGCUAAUCAGUGAACACUUGAGACUCUAUCCACACAAGGAGGCCAGAACUGAGUCUGCAUCUCAUCCGGAGACACAACGGUGCAAAGUGGAAUGGCUUUCACAGCGAGACACCGACCCUGCCCCUUGCACAGGCGUGGCCUCCAAAACUCCAAUAGAAACUCUUCCAUCUGACACGACUUUUAUCGGAACUAAACCCACGACAUCAAGCACUGUUUCAUUGGAAAAAGAUGACGAUGGUCAGAUUGAGGGACAAAUUCAAAGCAACACCGAUCAGAGAGUGGACGGAAAAGUGGAUGGUAAAACCGAAGGCAGUGAGGUAGCUGUGAGCCCUAGUAAACAGCCUAAAGCUCUACCCUCCUGGAAGAGCUCCUUUAAGGGCGGCGCAGCUUCCGGGGGGCCAAGAGGGAAAAUAGGGGGCUCGGCAGGAGAUGUGUCAGCAGCUGGUGGAAGCAGCUGGCUGAUGAAUGGUCUGUCAUCCCUCCGAGCUCACAGGCGCACCACCUCAUCUGGAGAAAGAGUGAAAGACUCCACUUUGUCUCUGAAGGAUUCAACACUUUCCCUUAAAGAAACCACUCUUUCACUUAGAGACUCACAGAAAGACUCUGAUGAAGACUCUUCUCGAACGUCGCUGUCUAACAGAGUCCUCCAACAGUCCCACAGACUGUCUGCCUAUGACAAUGUUGCUCCUUCCAGCUUAAGCCUGCCAGCUGACAACUCAUCCAUGUGGACCUCAUUUGAGAUCUCCCUCUCAGAACCUGAGAGUAGUGAUUCGGCAGUGAAACUAGAACAGGUUCAAAAGACACCUGCAGAUAUGAGAGAUGGUACAAAGACUCCAGAAAACAGUGCUAGUGGCAAUGAGGAGGAUGUCGCUGGAACAAAUGAAGAUUUUAUGAGCAUGCUCACCCAGCUCAAGCAGGAGUUGAAGAAACAGAGGAUGAGCUACGAAACCUGCAUUCACAAACUGGAGGAGUCCUGUUCCAAAUACCAGUCCCAGGUAAAUCGUCUCGAAGAGGAGCUGGAUCAGGAGAAGAAAAAGUUUCACAUGCUGGAGAUCCGACUCAGGAAUUCGGAGCGGGCGCAUCAAGACGCAGAAAAUCGAAACCUUCUCCUCCAGCAAGAGAUGGAGGAAUUCUUCAAAACACUUGGAGACCUGACAACAGGUUCAACCCGGACCAACUAA